CAGCUCUGUAAAUGUGGAUGGAGCCUUAAACUGAAUUUAUCUGUCUGGAAUUAGCGUUAAUUUGAAGAACGCUGAUAAACAAAUGCUAUUCAGUUAGCAGUGUCAUUCCGAGCGCUAUAACGGUAGAUUCGCUUUAAGUUAUAAGCGACUAAACAUACACCUGCCAUGACAGCUUUCUGUAAAUAAUAAACAAAAAAAUACUAUCAGUAAACUGGAAAUACGCAUUUGUCCAACAACACUGGAAUCUCCUGCCUUGUCUGCGACCCGGAGCCAGCGUUAACUUUGCGGAGUCGACUCCCAAUCAGAGAACCGACUCUUUUGGGAAUCUACUUCCAGCCUUCUGGAGGUUGAGGUAGAAUGUGAGAAGUUGGACCGAAACCGCGCUGAUUCUAGAAGUGAAACGUCUACAAAGCAAAGUUAUAAACGGAUGUAGACCCACCGAGUAAAAAGGUAUGGACACGAAGCCGUUGAACUGUGGACAACUCGACACAAAAGCAGCGGCGGCGGCUCAGACAAACUCGAGCAGAAAGCUCCGGACUUCAUGCAGCACCGAGUCCAGCAGCACGGACACCUCAGAUAGUCCUACAGGUGCUCAUGUUGAAUGGUGCAAACAGUUGAUUGCAGCCACAAUGUCAAGUCAAAAUCCUGGAUCCAUCACACCAGAGGCCUUGUCUCGAGAUCAUAAGGUUAAUGAUGGUGGAAUUCUCUUGGACAACAAUAUUCAGCAUAAAGACUUCUCUUUGGCACUGAGGGAAGGCAAUAAGCAAGCAAUGCUGGAGGAGGCUCCACGUGUACCUGGGGAGACCAUCAAAGCUAUAGCCAAAAAUGUUACGUACAUCUGUCCUUUUUCUGGAGCUGUAAGUGGCACAUUGACCAUUACUGACUACAAGCUUUACUUCAAGAGUCUCACACGAAAUCCACCAUUUGUACUGGAUGUAAACCUGGGCGCCAUCAGUCGCUUGGAGACUAUUGGGGUGCAAAGCCACAGAGAGAGCACUCAAGGUCUAGAGAUAGUUUGCAAAGACUUAAGGAACCUAAGGUUUACAUAUAAAAAGCAAGAAGACAGCAAUGUGGAGAUCUUUGAGAUGUUGUCUAAAUAUGCAUUUCCCCUCUCGCAUGACUUGCCUUUCUUUGCAUUUAAAUAUUUGGAGAAGUUUCCAGAAGAUGGAUGGAAGGUUUAUGAUCCUGUAGCUGAAUACAAGAGACAGGGUCUGCCAAAUGAGAGCUGGUUCAUCAGUAAGAUCAACAGCAAUUAUGAGGUGUGUGAGACAUACCCGGCACUGCUUGUUCUGCCCUCCAGCAUUAAUGAAGAUGAGCUUAAGAGAGUUGCUGCCUUCAGGGCCAAACGUCGUUUUCCUGUACUCUCAUGGAUCCAUCCGGAGAGUCAGGCAGCCAUAGUGCGUUGUGGUCAGCCUCAGGUGGGCCCCUUAGACCGUCGCUGUAAGGAAGAUGAGCGAUAUCUCCAGACCAUCCUGGAUGCCAAUGCCCAGUCUCACAAACUCUGCAUCUUUGAUGCCCGUCAAAGCAGUGUGGCUAUCACAAACAAAGCCAAAGAUGGUGGCUAUGAGAAUGAGAGUUUCUAUCCUAAUGUAGAAUUAAACUUCCUGGAGAUUCCCAACAUGCAUGUCAUUAGGGAGUCCCUACGCAAGCUUAAGGAAGUGGUGUAUCCCGCCAUCGAUGAGCAGCGCUGGUUCUCCUCUGUGCAUGCCACACAUUGGCUGGAGUACAUCAGGCUGUUACUUGCUGGUGCAGUGCGGAUUGCCGAUCGAAUCGAGUCUGGCAAGAGUUCAGUAGUGGUGCACUGCAGUGAUGGCUGGGACCGCACAGCUCAGCUCACCUCUCUGGCCAUGCUGAUGCUAGAUUCUUAUUACCGCUCACUGAGGGGCUUCCAGGUGCUCCUGGAGAAGGAGUGGCUCAGCCUAGGACACCGUUUUACCUCGCGAGUUGGACAUAGUGACGAGAAUCAUGCUAACUCGGAGCGUUCUCCUCUGUUUUUGCAGUUCAUAGACUGUGUUUGGCAGAUGACCAGACAGUUUCCCUCAGCAUUUGAGUUCAAUGAGCUGUUCCUCAUUACUGUAUUAGAUCAUCUCUACAGCUGCCUGUUUGGGACCUUUCUCUACAACAGUGAGCAGGAGCGAACCUCAAAGGGGGUGCUCACGAAGACUGUGUCACUGUGGUCGUACAUAAAUAGUCAGGUUGAAGACUUCACCAACCCACUCUACGUAAAUUAUGAACAUCAUGUUUUAUACCCGAUGGCCAGUUUAAGGCACCUUGAACUGUGGGUGAGCUACUAUGUACGCUGGAACCCUCGCACGAUGCCACAGGUUCCCGUUUACCAACAUCUGAAAGAACUGUUAGUUGUGAAAACAGAGUUGCAGAGAAGAGUAAAGGAGCUUCAGAGAGAAGGCUCUUCAACUCGAUCACUUUCCUCAUCUUCAGACCUUGGAGGGACAGCCAUGCAAACCACUGUCUAAUACACAGAGACAUACAUAACUCUACAGUAAUUAUCUUCAUACCACAGGGCUGUUGAUUGAUUGCUUGAUCUUUCCUGAUCAAAAGGUGUUGAUUCAUUUUUUAUUUACUGACAGUGGCUCUGACAGUAGUGUCAGCUACAGUGCAAUUGGCAGGGAUAACACUCCUUCUAAUAUAUAAUUUCUAUAGUUAGAACUUACACAUGGAUAUGUAUGGUGGUGGCUUGACAACAAAUUAAUUAAAUAUUUGUGUAAUCACUGACAAUUUUUGUAGUGAUUUUUACUGACAUUUAUUUAAGGGUCAGAGAAAAUGCCUAAAUUCUGACUUCUAAUUUCCUGACAUUGGAGUCUUCAAAAGUGAUUUUGUACCUGUUUCAGUAACAUUUAUAAGCUGCAUGUUCUGUUUUUAAUAAUUUUAAGAGAAACAAAGGACCAAAUAUUUCCAUAACCAGCAGUGUUAUAUUUCCACAUAUUUACAUUACCAGCAUUAAAAUGGCAUCUCCAUUUUAAUAUACAUUUCCUGUAGUCCUAAUAUUAAAUAUUUUAUAGUAAAUACUGUAUUUCUGCUUUUACCUGACCACUUUUUUAUAAUUGUUAAAUAAAAUGAUAGGCUAACACCUAC